UCGUUUCUCAGUUGCAAAUUUUACUAUUCCGGAAGGUUCUGUUUUCUUCUCCGUUUUCCGUACAGAUUUAAACUGAAUCCAGAUUCGAACAAUCGAACUUCGAAAUUUCUGCUGCAGCUCUAUCUUUGAAGUAUUUGCAACUACAAGGUGAAAUGGAAACUGGAGAGUACAGUGAGACGGUGAAGCGCAUGAAACCUUCAAUGGAUAGCGUGGCUGCGGAUGAUAGUAAUGCAAUUGUGAGGGCUUCAGGGGAAGACACUGAGGGUGAGGGCAACACCAUUGUUGGCUCUGAGCAAAUGCUGGUGGAGAUUGCUCACAUUCAUGAGAAGAUUAAUCGCUUUACUCAGCUGGUGUCUGAGCUGCUGGAAUCAGGGAAGUCAAUGCUGGAGGAUCUUAGUAAAGAAUUUGAAAAAAGAUUAUUUCUAAUCCACAAGGAACAGAUGGCUAAGUGGGAGGAGGAGAUUCAGGAACUACAGUUGCUUGAUGCCUCAAAUGAGGAGACUAAUGCUGUUUUGCACAAUGCUAGAUGUCUACUUCAGAAUGUUCCCGGUCAAUCUUGAAGCUGGAAAGUGACGAAAGUUCAACCUGUAUGCUGCGGCUAGGUGGCAUAAACAGGUACCCUUAGUAUCAGUUUCAUUUCAUUUUUGAUCAUUAGGAUGCUGGUCUCAUCAUUCUAUGCCAGGUUGUUUGGGGACAUUGGAUCUGCAUUUCCAGGGUUUGGCUAUAGAGACAUGAGGAUCUGCAUACUGAUAGUGUCGAACUUUGAAUGUGUUACCAAGGAAAAAAGCAAUAAACCAGUGUAAAUGCAGAUAGAAGUACUUUUAGGCAGUAUUAGCAUACGCAUCAAGUUAGAAAGACAUAACCAUUGAGAACAUCUUUUGAUCGGCCUUGGCACCGUUGAAAUCAAGUUGAUAGAGUUGACUGCUUGCUGCCUUUGUUCCAGUUUCACUUUUUACUCUGAAUUCCAGUAAAUAAAGAUCAUGAAUUUUGUAUCUAAUAGGUCCAACAGGUUAGUCGCAUUCUUCACUUCUGGUGCUUUGGUCACUUGCAAUUACUGAUCAAGUGCUCCAGAUAAUGGUAUUGAAAGAUUGGAAGACAGCAUUAUCGUUGCAUUUGUCUCCUUGUUGAUGAUUAUUGAAUUGAUGCUUAAACUGUAUGCUAAUACUUGACCAUGUAGAAGAGGAGAUUGCUGUCCUCUGCUUAGACUCACUUGGUUUGACGCUGGGAUAUGUGAUGUAGUAAAGUAUAGCACAAACGAGUAUAAUAUUUGGAUGACGGCCG